GAAAUCUGCCGUGCCCGAUUGAAGAAACUGAAACUGAAAGAAAAAGACGUACCAUUGCACAACAGCUAACUACGAUUAGCGUCAAUUCUCCGACAGUCAUGUGUGAUGAGGAUUUCUCCUUAGUGACAGACACCCAGGGAUCACAAAACACCUUGGAUGGAAUACUAAAUGCUAUCAGCAAAUGCAAGGUUCAACACAGUCAGCUGCUGAAGGAGCAGCAGGACCUGUCCAAAGCCAGGGAUGACCAGGAGGACCUGGCUGAACAGUUCAGACAGCGCACAGUCAAACUGAGGACAUCUCUGGAAGAGGAUGACAACAACCAAGCCAGGGAUGUGGACUCUGAAAGGAAGAAGGUGGCUGCCCUGCAUGAGGAGGCGAGCAGGCUGAAGAGGGAGAUCCAGAGAGCAGAGGAGGAACUGCAGCUUGAGGAGGAGAGCACCCACCAACUCAAGCAGCAGACUGAUGUGUCUACUGCUGCAGUGCCUGAAAAGAAGGUUGUGUUCACUGGAAUGACGGGUGAUGGAGCAAAUGCACUCAAUUUUGAUGUGAAGCCACACAUAGUGUAUCCAAUGGAGGAGGGCACUGCACUGAUCACUUUUGAGGAAGAGCUAGUGGCCCAGAAGAUCCUGAGCCUGAGGGAGCAUAAGGUGGAUCUGGGUGGGGAUUGUGCCAUCACCCUGGAGGCCAAGCUCAUACAGCUGCUGGUGCCCUGUCAAGUAGAGAUGGACACCGAGGUAUGUUCCCGCCGUGUCCUGGUUUCGAACCUGCCGAAGAAGGUCGGGGAGGACCGCUUGCUCGACAAACUGGAGAUCCACUUUGCCAAGCGCAAGAAUGGAGGGGGGGAGGUGGAAGAGUCUGACAUGCUGCAUGAUUCUGGCAACGUGGUCAUCACUUUCACAGAAAACAAUGUUGCCAAAGGCCUGACUGACAAGCAGUACCAUGAUGUGGAGUUUGAGAAAGGGAGGAAGCACAGUGUGAAGGUGACUCCAUUUCUGAACGGCGAGAUCACAAGUUUCCAGACACGGCUGUCAGCAUGUGGGCGAACUGUGUUGCUGACUGGCAUCCCUGCCAUCAUGGAGCAGGAGAACCUGCAGGACCUGCUGGAGAUCCACUUCCAGAAGACCAGUAACGGUGGGGGAGAGGUGGACGCCUUCCUCUACAACCCCAUGGGGCAGCACACCCUGGCCCUGUUCAAGGAGGACUGUCCCACUGAAGACCAGAGCCAGUGAGAGGGCCAGGCACUGGUAGUGAGCUCAACAGACACCUUUUUAUUGCCCCUCAUCUACCCCAUCUCAGGACAGGAUCACAGUCAAAUCCAGCCUGGGGAUCUAAUACUGGCCUGCUAUCAGGAUGUUCUGAUAGAGGUAUGAUCUCAAUUACAAUUUUUCAACCAAAUGCCAUUCUUAGUGGUUGGCACUGUGCCAAAGCUUUUGAUUAUGAGUUUACAUCAAGUGUCUGAGAUUUUCCUGUCUUUUCUGGGCUUCCUGUUUCAAAACACAAAAUGUUUUUGCAUAUAAUUUGAUAGAACAUCUAUUUAUUUACAAUUUCUGAUUAUGUAUGCAGAUCAUUUUGGGUGUAAUGUUUUUUGUUGAAUUUUUUUCAUUCAGAUGUGGCAUCAGUGACAAAAUGAUCUGCAUACAUAAAAUUAAGUUGCCAAAGAAAUGUGAAUUAUGCUUGACAGGACUAAUCUAGAUAUCUUUAAGUUAACGUUUAGAAGGAAUGUGUAAUCUACAGCUCUCUAAAGGUGUCACUAUUUAGUGUUCUAUAUUCAUGAUAUGCUAUUGUUUUCUGUCGUUCUUAGUAUUGAAUGAGCAAUCCUGUACGGUAGAAUCAGUGAUUGUAAUAAAGUCUGUCCAAUGGACCAAGUCAGACAUUA